CCACCUCGUCGUCUCCUUACCCAUACAAUACCUCGAUGGCCUCCACAGCUGCGUCUUCCUCGGCGCUGCCCCUCUUCUGGGACUUGGCCUCUGCCGAAGAGGAGAAGCGCCUCGCCUCGUCCUCUCACCUCGUAUCUGGACUUGUAAAGCAGCAGUCAGCCCUCGCAAGCACCUCGCGGUGGACUCUCGACCCUCCCGAGCCUGCAGCAGCGACUACCAAUGGCUCUGGAGCAGCACUCGCAGCCGUAGAAACCGUGACAGAGCAACAGAGCCUCUACGUGGAGCGCAAGCUCGACCACACCCUUGCCUCCGACGUCAGCUACUCCCUCCGGCGUCUCGUUCGCGGCCUCGCCUCGCCGCGAGAGCACUCCAGAGUCGGCUUUGCCGUUGCAUUGACCGAGCUCUUGGCUCACCUCACCUCCAUCAAUGCUUCCGACGUCCUGAUCCUCAUCAUCAAGCACUCCUCUCCUUCCGGCAAGGUCUCGCGAUCAGAGCAGCGCAACCUGCUCUUCGCUCGCCUCUUUGGCAUUCAGGCCCUGGUCCGCUCCGGCAUGCUUAUUGAGCGGCCGACUACGGAUCUGGCUGAAGUUGAAAAGGUCAUCGAGCUUCUUCGAAACUUGUCAGAGAAGAAGGCAUAUCUGAGGGAGAGUUGCGGCUGGACUCUUGUGCAGCUCCUCGACUCCCUCGCUGCGUCAUCCAAUGAGCAGCUGAAGAGUGCCGUCUCUCAGCUCGUCUUCAAUGACGCCGUCUCCGGAGAUCUUACCCCGGAGAAAGUAGCAUUGAUACUUAAGCUACAAGAGUUCGCCCCCAAGCUCAAGGCAGACGGCAAGGUAGCCGGUCUCAAGAAGGGAGGCGAUAUCCUCAGCGCACCCAACUUGCCCACCAUCGCAAAGGUACUCUGCAACACUACACCGACAGAGGACAAGGAGGAUGCAGCAGCGGCAACAAAGGCAGGCGACAACUCCGGUUCUCACAACCCUCGAGUACACUUCAUCUGGGAUGUCAUCUUGCAGAACUAUUUCGGCCCUGCCACAAGCUCUGUCCCUGCUUCUCGGGCACCCUUCGCCGAGCUAUACCGCGUCUGCGUCGAUGAAUCCCUCUUUGCUGCUACGGCAUCACCAGAACGCAAAUCCUGGGGCUUCCAAGUCUUCUGCAAGGCCUUAAUAGCAGCGCCUGCUGCUGAGAAGCCCCUCCUCUUUACCCCCAAUUUCAUGCGGACCUGGAUCAACCAGCUCGCCGGUAAGGAGAGGCUACUGCACAACGCAGCCACCAGUGCAGCCGAAAUUGUCACCGAGGUCGUCAAGGAGACUCCCCGGGCUGGCUUCGCGCUCGUAGCUCAGCUUCUGGGUAAGCAUGGCAGUCAGAAUUUCGACAAGCUGACAAAGACAAAGACGAUCGAGGGACUGCUGUCAGCCAUGGACGGUCAAGGUGUAAAGGACUACAUUGUUUGGGUGGUCGAGCUGCUUGCCACAUCGGCCGAUGAUGCCAAGAGGCGAUGGGCUCUCGACCAGUUACUUUCGCUCGUGCGCAAUACUGCCAUCCCUACCGACGAGAGCAGCACGGAAGACAUCCUCAAAUACCUUGCCGCGGGAGGCUUCUUCUCUUGGAAGAAGGCUCCCUCUGCCGAAGCUGGAUUGCUCUCGCACCAGCCAAAGCCCUCCUUCAGCGUCGAGGCUCGAGACGUCUGCCGCUCGCGCUUCCUCUCGUGCCUCACAGAGCUAGCCGAGAGGACCACUACCGUCACUACCUCGAUCGAGGCCGCCAAGCCUCGUAGAGUACAAGGUGUGACUAGUGCCGGGGAGCUUUGGGUGUCAAAAGCGUGGGAGAUCUUCAACUCUCUGCUGAAGGACACCAAGAAUUUUGCAUCGGUCAUGAGCGAGGACGCCACUCAGAUCGCUGCUGAUGGCUCGGAGCUGCUGCAGAAGGUUCGAAAAGCUGGCAAGGCUCAGAAGAGUGACAGGCUGCAAGCCUUCGAGACCCUCGUUGUCGCAUCGCUCCUAUUUGCCCUCGAGUCACCGGAAGAGGCGGCCGAGCUCGUUGAAUCACUCAACGACUGCUUCAGCAGUCUUUUCCUCAGCAAGGCUGCUCCGCCUGCGCCCAAGUCGACUGAGGAUGGGGAGGAAGAGCGAGAGCCCGCUGGUAUCGAACUCCUUCAGGACUACAUUAUUGGUCUUCUCGAGAAGCCAUCAGCUUUCCUCAGAGCGAUCGCAGAGCAAGUCUUUGGUGUCUUUGCCACCGAGAUGACCAAGGAGAGUCUGGACCACUUGAUCGAUCAGCUCGGCUUGAACGAGGAGCCCGCAGACGAGGAAGAGGAAGGAGGCGACGCAAUGGACGUAGACGGCGCUGAUGGCGACGAAGCAGAGUCAGAGACCUCAGAAGACUCCAUCGAGUCGGCUUCGGUCGAAGAUGAUGACGAGGAGGACGUUGACGUCGACGAGAAGUUCCGAAGUGACGUCUUGGAGGCUCUCAAAGCGGGCGGCAUCGCCCAUGAGGAGAGUGACGAGGACGAGGACGAUGAGGACGGCGGCAGCGAUGACGAUGACGACAAGGAGAGCGUGCCCGACCUUACAGAUGAUCAGAUGCUGGCCAUCGACGACAAGCUAGCCGAGAUUUUCCGUCAGCGUAUGUCGUCUCGCCAGAACAAAAAAGAGGCAAAGCAAGAAGCCGUGGCGUUCCGGAACAAGAUUCUCGAUCUUCUUGCAAUCUAUGCUCGCAAGCAAGUGUCGAAUCCGCUCGUAGUCAACCUCGUACGACCUCUCUUCUUGCUGGCGACAGAAUCAGACGAGCUCGAUCGACAGGUGGCUAACAAAGCUUCUACCAUAUUGAGGAACAACCUCUGCAAAGCCAAGGAAAUGCCGAUUGGGCCGGGGAUCGAGGUUGUGGAGGAGGAUCUCCGUGCAGUCCACUCCUUCGCCUGCCGAACCGCCAGCCCCGAGCUGGCGUCAGUUGCCAACACUGUCAAUUUGUACCUCACACGCGUUGCUCUUGGUCCCACCUCGAAUAAGGCGGCACCUUCUGCUGCCCUGGUCAAGGUGUACGAAGAGACGCUGCAAGAUUUCCUUGGUCGCAGCGCAUGUCAAUUGAAGGCAUCUUUCCUCAUCGAUGCCUUCAAGCGCUUCCCCUCCCUGGGCUGGCCUCUUCGCAGUACCCUGGUGGAGAGCUGCUCUCCAAUGGCCACUGUCAAGACUUACCGUCAACAGCAGGGCAUGCAGAUGCUGCAGAGUCUGGUGAGCCAGAGCGCACAGGCUCAAGAAACCCAAAAGGAUGUCCUGGUCUUCAUGCCCGAUGUAGCCAAUCUCGUCUUCACUCUACUGCCCACGUCGACAAGCUCUUCUCCUAGCAGUACCGGCUCAUUGCCCAAUGCUGCCCACCUGAAGGAGGUACUCAAGUUCGCACUGCAGGCUGUACGUAUCACCAAGCGCGUAGUAUUUGCAGAGGACGUCGAAGGCAAGGCGACCAAGUCGGUCUGGAAGCCAAGCAAGAUCAGGGAAGCAAUGGCUGCUCUUGAGAAGGAGGAGCGCUUCAAGAACUCGACGUCGCUGCAGAGUCUGCUGAAGCAGAUGUUGGUCAUUGUGGAAGGCAAGAGUGAAGAGGGCAAGAAGGACAAGAAGAGGAAAGCCAAGGAGGCCGUGGAAGUGCAGGGCGAGGUCAAUGGUAAAGGGGCGGUCCAGACCAAUGGACACAGUGGCAACAGUAAGGAGGACACGAAGAAGAGCUCAUCCGGAGGGUCCAAGAAGAAGGCGAAGAAGGCGACAUGAGCUGACCCCUGACUUGGCAUGGCCGCAUGGGUGAGCUGUGCCCUACGACAAUGGAAAAGAAGCUCUACUCGUCUACUGUUUUCUCUCUUGCGUACAAUUUGUGAUUGUGUCCGUCCGUCCAGAUGAGUUUGAUUGUGAUUUGCUUGGAUUGUCCCCCCUGCCGGCAUAUGAGUCUGGAAGGAGGGGGGG